CGGAGUUCCGAUACACACUGCACAAGAAUUCUAAUCGAUCGGUAGCCACUGUAGACAACAAGAUGGAUCCUCUUUACUUGGCGUACAGCUACUUCAGGAGAAGGAAAUACAAGGAAUGUGUUGAAAUUACAACAAAGAUUCUUGAAAAAAAUCCUUAUGAUCAGGCUGCCUGGCACCUCAAGACUCGAUCUCUAACAGCUCAAGUGUAUGUAGAUGAAGUGGACGUGGACGAAGAAGGUAUUGCUGAAAUUCUCAUGGACGAUAAUGUUAUUGCAAACGUAUCAAGGCCAGGUACUUCCUUGAGAAAGCCAGGCACUGCACAAAGUGGGCCGAGUCAGGGUAUGAGACCAACAACUCAGGGUGGACGGCCAUUGUCUGGGUUUGUCCGACCAGGCACUCAGUCGGGGAGACCAGGCACUAUGGAGCAGGCCAUUCGUACCCCUCGUACAGCACACACUGCUCGACCUGUUACAAGUGCAUCUGGCAGAUUUGUUCGCCUUGGGACGGCGUCAAUGUUGUCUACUCCAGAUGGCCCUUUCAUCAACAUUGCCAGACUCAAUUUUGCAAAAUAUGCCGCCCGGCCAAAUCUUGCUAAAGGGCUGUUUGAGUACAUUUUCCAUCACGAAAACGAUGUUCGCAAUGCUUUGGAGCUGGCUGCGUUAGCAACAGAGGCGAGUCAGUUUAAUGACUGGUGGUGGAAAGUAGCUCUUGCAAAAUGCUAUUACAGGCUAGGCAUGUACCGUGAUGCUGAGAAACAGUUACGGUCAGUGCUGAAGAGCGAUGAGGUCAUCGAUGCUUACCUGCACCUGGCCAAAGUGUACACCCGGCUUGACCAGCCCCUGGCUGCUGUGGAGAUCUACAAGCAGGCUCUGACCCAGUUCCCUGGAGAGACUACUCUGCUCACAGGGAUAGCAAGAAUUCAUGAGGGUAUUGACAAGAUGGAUGAUGCUGUUGCUUUCUACAAGAAUGUCUUAAAGUUUGACAGUAUGCAUGUCGAAGCAAUUGCUUGUAUAGCCACCCAUCACUUCUACUCAGAUCAGCCAGAAGUUGCCCUCAAGUUUUACAGGCGCCUGCUUCAGAUGGGUGUGUAUAAUGCUGAACUCUUCAACAAUCUGGGUCUCUGCUGUUUCUACUCUCAGCAGUACGACAUGACCCUCACCUGUUUUGAGCGUGCUCUUUCACUGGCGGAGGACGAUAUCAUCCUAGGGGAUGUUUGGUUCAAUAUCGGCCACGUUGCUCUGGGUAUCUGCGACAACAAGCUGGCCUUCCAGUGUUUCCGCCUGGCGCUCAGCCACAACAACGACCACGCCGAGGCCUAUAACAACCUGGGGGUGCUGGAGCUGCGCAGAAACCACGUGGAGGCGGCCCGGUCCUUCUUCCAAGCGUCGUAUGUGAUGUCUCCGCACCUGUACGAGCCGCACUACAACUUUGCCGCCCUCGCAGACCAG